AUGUCGACAACCUUCCAGAUAAUUUUCGAAGGACGCGUCUAUGUAUACACCAGACGAAUCUUAGGCUUUGAGGACGUUAUCGGGAAAGCGUAUAGACUUCUUCAGGGGACAUCGAAGGGUGCUUCCGCUUUUGAUGCUCUCCACCAAGGAAUAGCAACAAAGUGGAUCUUGCAAGAUGAUGUUGUGAAGCCUUUCGGAGACAAACGCCAGUUGCUUACCUUUGUUUGUUCAUUCAAUCUCGAUCGCGACGUCCUGUGUUACUCUGACGAGAGUGGGCAUAUCCAACUUCCCUUGGAUCGUCUACGCAAGCCUCCGCAACCACAACGACAAGAGUUCACUCCUUUCGAAAUAGUACCUCCUGCUCAGUUGGACCUCGCUGAGUUUCCGCCACCGUACCAUAGUCCUUCAACCCCCAUAUCCGCACGCCGUCUUGCAUUUCUUUCGCGCAUUCUUUCAGACUUUGCAGAACAAUGGCGCCACAUACUCAGGUCUUCUUACGCAGAGUCUACCUUUCGGAGACUCGCAAAGGCAAUUGUCAGUUUAGCAACGUGCGAGUUUUGA